AUGAUGAACCACGCCCGAGUCAAGGCCCUCAAGGGCGACGGCAAGACCGUAUCCAAAAAAGCCAUCAAGUCUGGUCGCGCUUCUGCUAGCCAGACCCCUCGAAGCUCCCCCUUCGCCUCUCUUCUGACGUCACCUGCGCAUUCCACAGCCCCGAGCAGGGCCGCCUCUGACCUGAGCGAGGACGACUACGACUUUGACGACACUGUUAGCACGCAUUCCGGAAGCUCCCUAGUCGAAGCCAACGAGGAUGGUACUAGCACCUUUGACGCCAAACAGCUCAUCGAGGAGCUCCAGGAUCGCAAGCACAACAACAGCGACACCCGAAUCCAACUAUUGGAAUUGUACAUCAAGGUUCUGCGAACUCGCUACGGCCCUUCCACGCACGAGUGGCUUGACGAGUCGGCCAAUGCCCUCGCCGAGCUUUUCCUUCGAGGCGCCAACCGUGGACUGGAAGCCAGGGAGCGUCUGCUCAACUUGCAGUCCUACAUUCUGACCCUGAGCACUACCGAAGACGCUGACGUUUACGAGCAUGCCGAAGCGACCCUGAAGCAGAUUGUGGCCGACGACGAUGACGAGGAAUGCAAGGCAUAUGGCAUCUACGCCCUGUGCUUUACAGCGCUCUAUGGUGGUGGCGGCGAGAAUGAAGCCUUGGAUCUACUUGACUACCUGAACACCAUCAUCGAGUCUGAUGGUGAACACAUUGAUGCUUAUGACAACGGCUUCAUUGUUGCAGCAGCCCUGCAGGGGUGGGCCUUUGUGGCCAGUCAUGUUGAUGACUUUUCCUACGCGGCGUUGAUGGCCCUGGACGGAUUCUAUGACCAGCUGGACAGUGUCGACGUUGGGGUCCAAUCCAACGCCGCAGCAUGCAUCGCUCUCAUCUUUGAAGCGGCGCGAAACCACGAAGAGGAAACCGGAGAGACCUGGGAGUUGCCCGUCAACCCCGAGAAGCUUACUGGUCGCAUGUCAGAGCUCGCCAAGCAGAGCUCCAAGUCUGUUUCCAAGAAGGACCGUCGUGACCUUCGCGACAGUCUCAUUAGUGCCAUCACCUCUCUUGAGAAGGGAGUUGGUCCCGGAUACUCAUCCGCUGGAUAUGCGCCCCAGAAGAGUGACAAGAGGCCUACCAACAAGACCAAUGAGGAUGGUGUUGUCGAGUUUGGAUACCGCCACAAGCUCCGCCUCGGCAACUACGUUGCCGUGAUCGACUCGUGGUCGCUCUCCUCUCGAAUCAACAUGAUGAAGCUCAUUUUUGGUGGGCAUUUGCAGAAGCACAUCUUUGAGAACCCUGUUGUUUCAGAGUGUCUCAGUGACGCUGACUUUAGCGACCAAGGUCCCGUGGCUAAGAAGCCCGCGAAGAGAUAA